CGGAAGUACACAAAGAGAUAUUUCGGAUAUCGUGCUGGUGAGUUUUCAGGUUAUUUUAAAUAUAGUGCGGACAUGCAUAGCUUAUCGUCGUUAUAACUGAUCUGAAAUACACUGCAGGACUGAGAUGUUCCAUAAAGGAGGACCAGGAAAACAACGAGGAUUUGGCUUUGGAGGAUUCAGCAUGGGUAGGAGGAGAGAUGAACCUCCAUCACCACCACCUUCGUCAUCCUCUUCUUCCUCCAGACCCACAUCUUCAUUGUUGUCACGGAAUAUGCCACAGUAUCCAAUUAGUGCAGGCGGAGGUGCCCCAUUUAUACUGAAGAGCACAAGGCCUCUUGCUGACGUUGUGGAAAGAAAAAGAUAUCAAACAGAACAAGAUUAUUUUGAUGACAGUGAUGAAGACUUGUCUGCAUCUAGGAAACAAGCUGACGUUAGUGAUGAAGAAGAUGAAGAUCCUUUGGAUGCUUUCAUGGCAGGAUUGGAAAAUGAUUUACAAAAAGAAUCCAAAGGGAAAGAAGCCGAGAAAGAGGAAGAGGUAAUAGUUGAAGAAAAGGUUAAAGGCGUGAAAGGAACGAGGCAAGAUAUUGAGGAGUUCGAUGAUCAUGAAACAUAUUUUAAAUACAUGGAAGACAAUCCUAACGCUGGUUUACUGAUCACGGAUGACGAUGAUGAGAUUGAGUAUGAUGAAGAUGGAAAUCCGAUCAUACCAGAAAAAAAUAAAAUAAUUGAUCCACUGCCGCCUAUUGAUCAUGAUGAGAUUAACUAUUCAGAUUUUAGUAAAGACUUUUAUGAAGAGCAUGAAGACAUUUCCCAGUUGCGAUUCAGUGAAAUGCAAGAACUACGCAGAAAGCUGGGGGUUAAAGUAUCUGGUUAUGAUCCUCCUAAACCAGUGUCUAGUUUUGGACAUUUUGGUUUUGAUGAACAGUUAAUGCAUUACAUCAGAAAAUCAGAAUAUUCUACUCCAACGCCGAUCCAGGCCCAGGGUGUACCAAUUGCAAUGAGUGGUCGUGAUAUUAUCGGUAUUGCUAAAACUGGUAGUGGGAAAACAGCAGCAUUUAUAUGGCCAUUGUUGAUUCAUAUCAUGGACCAGAAAGAUAUUAAACCUGGCGAUGGUCCAAUUGGAUUGAUAUGUGCCCCUACAAGAGAACUUUCACAGCAGAUUCACCAAGAAUGUAAAAAGUUUGGUAAAGCCUAUAAUAUACACACAGUAUGUGCAUAUGGUGGAGGUAACAUGUGGGAACAAACAAAGGCAUGCCAAGCUGGCUGUGAAAUAUUAGUUGCAACACCAGGAAGAUUAAUAGAUCUUGUCAAACGAAAAGCCACUAAUCUAGAGCGGGUUACUUUCCUCGUGUUAGAUGAAGCUGAUAGAAUGUUUGAUAUGGGUUUUGAACCCCAAGUACGUUCUAUAGCAAAUCAUGUGAGACCAGACCGACAAACAUUGUUGUUCAGUGCAACCUUCAGGAAAAAGGUUGAGCGGUUAGCUAGAGAUAUAUUAACAGAUCCAAUACGAGUAAUACAGGGAGACCUGGGCGAGGCUAAUGAAGAUGUGGUACAGAUUGUAGAGUGUCUGUCUGAUGGUCCCGCUAAAUGGCCAUGGCUGAUAAAAAGACUGGUUAGUUUUACAACAGAGGGAAGUGUCCUCAUAUUUGUGACAAAGAAAGCCAAUUCUGAAGAACUAGCCAGUAAUCUGAAAACGCAUGACUUUGAUUUGGGACUGUUACAUGGUGACAUGGACCAGAGUGAAAGAAACAAAGUUAUUACAAAUUUCAAGAAGCAGCAGAUGCCCAUCUUAGUAGCUACUGACGUAGCUGCUCGGGGUCUUGAUAUUCCUUCAAUUAAAACAGUUGUUAAUUAUGAUGUUGCUAGAGAUAUUGAUACACAUACACAUAGGAUAGGAAGGACUGGAAGAGCAGGCAUCAAGGGUACAGCAUAUACGCUAGUUACACAAAAAGAUGUUAAUUUUGCUGGAGAUUUAGUGAGGAACUUAGAAGGAGCCGGGCAAAGAGUACCAGAGAAAUUAAUGGAUCUAGCCAUGCAAAAUUCUUGGUUUAGGAAAGCACGACACAGGAAGGGCAAAAAGGGAAGAACCAACAGAUCACGUGGUCUUGGUUACAAAGAAAGGCCUGGACUUGGCAGUGCACCGGAAGAAGAGAGGCAAAGCAGUGAUAGAACUAAUUCAGGGAAUCAAAGCGAUCGCCUCAGUAGUUUUACUUCCCCUACCAGUACAAGUAGCAGUCUGUCAAAUAAAACAAAUACUUCAGAUUGGCCAGAGAGGGGGCCAUCAUCAGGACCUCCUGUAGUGCCUAAGUUCACAGGAACCGAUAGGAUAUCAACUAUGAGGUCAGCUUUUAUGUCACAAUACAAGUCACAUUUCAAAGCUGCCAGUUCUAAUUCUACCAGCAAUACUUGGACGCCAGGUAAUGAGGGCAGUAGCCGUAGCAAAUCCACCGAUCACGGAUUCUCAGCUCCAAAACCACCCAAGAAAGUCAAGAAAACUAGAUGGGACAAUUAAAACCUAUGAAAUGUAAUCUUUCCUGCCAUCUUUCCUUUUUAAAUAAUCAUACCACAAAAACUCAAUAAUGUCAACCUCUCAAAAAAUGUUCAUAU